UUGACAGACCAAAUUUUAAACUUCUCCUUUCAAGGUUUACCCUGCAACUGCAAUUGCUGGCAGUCAAGGGAUGUGAAAAAAAUAAAUGUUGAUAAUUUUGAAAAUUUCAAUUAUUUCGUUACUUGAUUCUAAUUGUAAAUAUAUAUUAUUGUUUAAAUAAUAUAUAUGGUAGAAAUAAAUGUUUAUUACUGUUACCAUCUAUAUAUACAAUUGCUGAUUGUGUUAGUAGCACUCAUACAGUGACUGCUCUUGUAAUCUCAAAUAUACCCGUGCUUGUUCUAAUAACUAGCCUUACUGAUAAGUUUGAAUUUUUAAAUAGGCUCUAAACAAAACGUGAUUCCACUUCUGUCUAAAUUUUCUACUUUAUUCACAAUCCAGAAUCUUCUGGUGAAGAAUAUAUGUGUAUAUAUAUACGGAAUAUAUACUUCCUUAACACAUUUUGGUCUUUUCAAAGAUUCAAUAUAAAGUAUUGCAUUUAAAAAAACUAUAUCAUAUGCACAGAAAUAAUAGUGAUCAGUAUUCAGUUUGGGUAUAAAAAGUGUUUAAUGUGCAAUACGUAUUUAUAUUAGAAUUUUAUUGAAAUGAGAUCUAUAUUCUGAGUUUUAUCAGUGUACUUUAUGUAUUCAUUUUCCUAAUACAAAAUGUUAGAUACUAGAACGUUUUCGUAUAAGAAAUAUUUAGUUGAAGCUGGUAUAGCACUAGUAUGUGUGUUUAUAUUUUGUGAAUAUUUGGUAUAUUAUUUUGUGCUUAUUCAGUGUGCAUGGCCUAUGUUGGAUCCACAUAAAGUUGAUGUUACAAUUACUUCAACAAAGUCAGAUGAAAUUCCUGUACAUGCAAUGUUUUUAGCAGACACUCAUUUAUUAGGUUCUAAGAAUGGACAUUGGUUUGAUAAAUUAAAAAGAGAAUGGCAAAUGUAUAGAGCAUUUCAAACUAUGGUUACAAUUCAUAAACCAGAUAUCAUUUUUAUAUUAGGUGAUUUAUUUGAUGAAGGACAAUGGAGCAGUUCCACAGAAUUUUAUCAGUAUAUAGAAAGAUUUCAUUCAUUAUUUUCAGUACCUAAAAACACCUAUCUUUAUGUUGUUGCUGGAAAUCAUGACAUUGGAUUUCAUUAUGCAAUUACACCAUACUUGAAUCAACGAUUUGUAAAUGGUUUAAAAUCACCAAGUGUAAAAAGAAUUAGUAUAAGGGGAAAUCACUUUGUUUUAAUUAAUAGUAUGGCACUAGAAGGGGAUGGAUGUUUUUUGUGUCGUCCUACAGAAAUUGCAUUAAACAAAAUUGCUGCACACUUGAAAUGUGCAAAAGGUUUGGGAAAUAAUUGUGACAAUGAUAAUACAAUUUCAAGAUAUAGUAGACCAAUUAUUUUACAGCACUAUCCAAUGUAUAGAGAAUCCGAUGAAGUCUGUAAUGAACUUGAUGAAGCACCAGAAGAAGUAAAAAGUAUUAAGUUUAGAGAAAGAUGGGAGUGUUUGUCAAAAGAAGCAUCUGAACAAUUAUUAGAUAUAUUGAAUCCAAGAUUGAUUAUUAAUGGACACACUCACCAUGGUUGUAGAAGAAUGCACAGACAGGAUACAAUGGAAUUCACGAUACCAUCAUUUAGUUGGCGUAACAAAGAUAAUCCUUCGCUCUUACUAGGUGUAUUUACUCCCAAUAAUUAUUCUGUAUCAAAAUGUUAUAUGCCCAUGGAAUCUACCGAAAUUAAAAUUUAUAUCAUCAGUAUAGUAUGCCUUUUUAUAUAUUUUAUUAUAAAAUGCAAAAUAAGACAAAGUCGAUAUUAUUUCCUGAAAUUUCACUGAAAAUAUUUAAGUAGUAUAUAGAAAUAGAAAUCCUAAAUUAUUGACAGAUCUGUAUGUAUAUAUAUAAUAUAACAGUUUAAAUUUCUUUUGUAGAACAUUAUUAAUAAUAUACAUAUUAUUUACAGUAUCCGUAAUACAUGUAAAAUACUUAUAUUGUAUAUUAUUAUCCGACAACCAACAUCAAAUUUAGAACACUUUGUUACUUGUUUUACAUAUAUCAGUUUUCUUUGCAUUAUUCUGUAAACUUUCGUUCUAUUAAAACAAAAGAUCGUGUUUACAAAUACAUGUAAAAUAUUACUACAUUACAUAUUUACUAAAUACUAAUUAAAGUACAGAGGUUCAUAUGUAUAUCAAAAAUCAGUUAUUAUAUAUAAAUCAUAAGUAUUUCACGUGAAAAAAUAUUGUACAAAUCAGGAAUAAAGUUUGUAUCUAAAUUUAUCGAAGUUUAAGUAAUGUAAAUACUUUUAUAUUAUUGACCGUAAUUACAUUAUUCGUAGUUAAUGCACAUACAUCUAUCAACAAACUUGUAGAUACAACUUGAAAAGCUGCUGUUUUUAUUGUAAUAGAACAGUAAAUAAUUAUAAACGAAUAUUAUUAACUAUAAUACUUGGCACUGACUAUAAUUAAUAUUACAUUU